AUGUCAAACAAUAGCACCUUGACGGUACCACAGGUGAAAACGAGCACCUCAAAAGCCUCGAAAACACCCUUCCACUUUGCUGCUGGUCUUUGCUCUGGCCUUACCUCCUCCAUCCUUCUCCAACCCGCGGAUCUCCUCAAAACUCGAGUCCAACAAUCCCAGGGAGCAGCCCUCCUCCCAACCUUGAAGGCGAUCAUAUCCUCUCCGAACCCAAUCCGUGGAUUAUGGCGUGGCACACUCCCUUCAGCCCUCCGCACCGGCUUCGGGUCAGCACUAUACUUCACCAGUCUCAACGCCUUGCGCCAAGCCGUUGCACAAUCCAACCCGAUGGCCCUAGCCAGUCCGGUAGCGAGCGUUAGAUCUUCCUCCGUCCUCCCCAAGCUCUCCAACACAGCCAAUCUUGCCACGGGAGCCGUCGCAAGAGUUGCUGCAGGCUUCGUCAUGAUGCCCGUGACCGUGAUCAAGGUCCGCUAUGAGUCAGACUACUACGCAUAUCGUAGCUUAGUAGGCGCAGGCCGGGAUAUCGUCCGCACUGAAGGCCUGCGUGGGCUCUUUGCAGGAUUUGGCGCUACCGCCGCUCGCGAUGCCCCAUAUGCGGGUCUCUACGUUCUCUUCUACGAGCAAUUGAAGAGACGGUUCGCCUUGAUGGCCGCACAACCCUCUAAUGAUGGCGACACACCAAAUGCGGUUUCGUCCUCGUCAAUAAACUUCGUCUCCGGUGGAGCAGCCGCUGGUAUGGCGACUUAUGGGAACAUGUUGCAUGCUACCCGCUUGAUGAUCCACGAGGAUGGCUUGCGCAGUCUCUUUGGUGGACUUGGUAUCCGCAUGGCUCGCAAGGCCAUUAGCUCCGCGCUGGCAUGGACUGUCUAUGAGGAGCUCAUCCUGCGCGCUGAGAAGCGGUGGGAAGCGAAUUCCCAGAUUGGUCUUUAG